AUGCCCAAAUUCUGCCGGAAUGAUGGGUCAUCUGGAGGGAAAAAGUCAAAGUCAAAGUCAAAGGUAAAGGCAAAGUCGAAGAAGAAUUCACCUGUCUCUGUUUGGUUUUCCCUUGUGGCUCUUUCUUGGUUGACUUGCUUUGGUCUUAUUACUCUCUCUGUGUUGAGUCAACAUUGGAUUAUAAUCUGGCUUUUGAUAUGGUUUCAGAUGGCAUCAUUAGUGCAUGGUGCACAGACUGAAACCCCAUUCCCAGAUAUAUCUUUUUCUGCAUUUACUCAAAUCAUUGAAUCAACCUUUGGAUCUAACAUCUCUUUGGCAACUGUCUUGACCCUUUUAUUCACAAUUACAGAAAAUGUGGACUUGUUGAAUCUCCAUUUUCAACAACAACACCCAGAAUUCCAAGGUGAAAACAAGACUCAGACCACUGGGUUGAUGAUUGCUUUAGCUAGGGCAUUGAUUGAUCAAUUGGGCUCAUAUAAUGAUGAGGAUGAAGAUGAUUCAACCCCCCAUGACAAGGUCAAGCUGGUUGCAGGAAAGUUGAAUGAUAUGGCUGUCAGUUUGAAUUUAACUCCAUAUGAUGACCAAGAUGCUUACAUUGGAAAGCUACUUCCUGUUUCCCAGAAAGCUAUUCAGCCUGUUCAUAUGAUAUGUCCUGGAUCACUUAUCAUGAACACUUUUUUCAUGAGUUUGGUGGAGCUAAGCAACCAAAGCGAGUUUACCUCAACUCAGCAAAUUAUCUGGAAGUUGGCGGUAACAACACUGGCAAAGCAAUGGUUUCGUCAGGCCUUUCAAGAGCGCAACAGCUUGUCUUUAUUCCGCAGAGUAUUGUACGAUGCUGACAGAUAUGCAUAUUUCUCAGAAGUCGACAUGGAUUGGUACACUGCAGAAUAUGUAGUACUGACAUCAAGGGAAUUCAAACUUUUUAGCGCCUGCUCGGACAUUCCUCUCAAUGUCCAACAGCACACAAUGGCAAGAAUAAAACGAAGCCAUCGUCUCUUUAAUGAUGGAGGAUGUAACAACUACCAUACCCUUUUCGUCCCUUUGAAAAGAUCUCAAAGUAGGGGACAAAGUCCGCAUUCUUUUGGGAAACCACGAAGGUGUUACGGGUUGGGUGGUGAAUGGAGACGACAACUAUGUACAGAGGUAUCUCUGGGGAUUGUCCAGUUCUUCACCUCCCCCUUUGUCUCUGGAACAGAGUCCUCGGAUUUAAAAGCUCCCUUCACAGAUGCGCAAAAUCAUCUUGUAGGAAAACAAGUAAUUCAGUCGAAUCUCCAGGACUGCUUGAGUUCUGCUCUGGCUACUAAUCUCCCACAUCCUGAUUACCACAGAACUGUUACCCCAAUCCCCGCAGCCUUAUGGCGUGAAGACUAUCUGUAUAUGGUCCCCCUUGAAAAAUACACCAAGUCCUAUACAGCUCACUCUAUCACCAACACGACGGCUUGCAAGAGUUACUGGGCCUACAUUAACCUCGAAUAA